AUGGAAGACAGCUCACACCCUCCAAACGGCGCUCACGUCCACGGCGACGACGUUGACGGCGGCAGCCAAGACGACGCUGCGGCAAAGGAGCGCGCCCACUUUGCCAAGGUCAUCGACUCGUUUGCCAACAGCUACCUCCCCUACUGCCUCGCCGCCAACAAUGCGCGCCGCAAGUCGUACUACUCGCUGCCCCGAGCUCACCAGCACCUCCUCUCCGACAUCGGCACGCCCCUCCCGCUCCCACAGCUCGACGGCAACGGCGACGCCAACGACAGCCGCACUCGCACAGGCACUUCCACCACCGCCGCCACCGCCACCACCACCUCCUCCUCCUCCUCCUCCUCGGCUGCCAGCAGGGGUUUCAGGGCCAGGCUCGACGAAAUCGACGAUCGCAUCCGUAGAAACGCAGACCUCCUCGCCGAAGUCGUGCAGGACUCCAAGGGCUUCCUCGGAGACGACGACGACCUCGAUGUCCACCUCGACGAAGAUGACCACCACCACCACCACCACCACCAGCAGCAGCCGCGCUCCGAUGGACAAGACGGCGGCCCCGUCCUCGGCGCACGGCGCAAGCGGCGAAAGAUCUCGGGCAGCGACGUCGAAAAGAUCCAGAGCACCCUCAAGCAGCUCGUGCGCGACUGGAGCCAAGAGGGGCGCCCAGAGCGCCAGCAGGCCUAUGCGCCCAUCGUCGACGCCAUCGAGGCGCGCUUCGCCACCCUGCCCCGCCACGAGCGCGGGCGCGUCCACCUCCUCGUCCCCGGCUCCGGACUCGGCCGCCUCGCCUUUGACCUCGCCUCGCACGGCUACAGCUGCCAGGGAAACGAGUUCAGCUUCCACAUGCUCCUCACCUCGCACCACAUCCUCAACAAGACGUCCAGCGUCGGCCAGCACGUCGUCUACCCCUUUGUCCACUCGGCCAGCAACUGGAGGAGCGCAGACGACAUGCUCCGCCCCGUACGCGUACCCGACGUCCUCCCUUCGCAGUUGCCGCCCACGUCCGACUUUAGCAUGGUUGCCGGCGAAUUCUGCGAAGUCUACUCCAAGCCCGACGAAAAGGCGGCCUGGGACGCCGUCGCCACCUGCUUCUUUAUCGACACGGCGCGCAACGUCGUCCGCUACCUCGAGACCAUCAACCACGCCCUGCCCGUCGGCGGAUACUGGAUCAACGUCGGGCCCCUCCUGUGGCACUUUGAGAACAGUGGCGGUGGUGGUGGCGGCGAGGGCGGUGGGUCGGAUCACCUCAGCAUCGAGCUCACUCUCGACGAGGUCUUGCACCUUUGCACCAAGCUUGGCUUCGAGAUCGAGGAGAGAAAGACGCUGCCGCCCAUGACCUAUACGGGCGUGCUCGAGUCGAUGCUCACCUACCAGUAUAUCCCCGAGUUCUUCGUCUGCCGCAAGGUCCGCGACGUUGAACCCGCCCCGCUCGUGUAG